UUCCGGGGCGGAGGAGGCUGAGUGGUGCAGUGAGGGACAAACAAAAGGAGGCGCCGGAGGGGCGCAGUGGCCGGCGGCGGGACGAGCGGCAGGGGUCGAGGGGCUGCCUGCUGGGCGGCCCGGCGUGGCUGGCCCUGGGAGGCAGCUUCCAUGGCGCGAAAGGAAUGCCAGAACCCUGCCCAGAGAGACGUGGGCCAGCCUCAGCACCGACAGCCAACGCGCAGAUAGCAGAGCCGUCCACGGGGUUGAGCCAUGAUUCCGGUGACGGAGCUCCGCUACUUUGCGGACACGCAGCCGGCGUACCGGAUCCUGAAGCCGUGGUGGGACGUGUUCACCGACUACAUCUCCAUCGUCAUGCUGAUGAUCGCGGUCUUUGGGGGCACGCUGCAGGUCACCCAGGACAAGAUGAUCUGCCUACCUUGCAAGUGGGUCACCAAGGACUCCUGCAACGACUCGUUCCGGGGCUGGGUGGCCCCAGGCCCAGAGCCCCCGUACCCCAACGCCACGAUCCUGCCGACCCCUGACACGGGCCCCACGGGCAUCAAAUACGACCUGGAUCGGCACCAGUACAACUACGUGGACGCCGUGUGCUACGAGAACCGUCUGCACUGGUUUGCCAAGUACUUCCCCUACCUGGUGCUUCUGCAUACGCUCAUCUUCCUGGCCUGCAGCAACUUCUGGUUCAAGUUCCCGCGCACCAGCUCCAAGCUGGAGCACUUUGUGUCUAUCCUGCUGAAGUGCUUCGACUCGCCUUGGACCACGCGGGCCCUGUCGGAGACGGUGGUGGAGGAGAGCGACCCCAAGCCGGCCUUCAGCAAGAUGAACGGCUCCAUGGACAAGAAGUCGUCGACGGUCAGCGAGGACGUGGAGGCCACCGUGCCCAUGCUGCAGCGGACCAAGUCUCGGAUCGAGCAGGGCAUCGUGGACCGCUCGGAGACGGGCGUGCUGGACAAGAAGGAGGGCGAGCAGGCCAAGGCGCUGUUCGAGAAGGUGAAGAAGUUCCGCACCCACGUGGAGGAAGGGGACAUCGUGUACCGCCUGUACAUGCGGCAGACCAUCAUCAAAGUGAUCAAGUUCAUGCUCAUCAUCUGCUACACCGUCUACUACGUGCACAACAUCAAGUUCGACGUGGACUGCACCGUGGACAUCGAGAGCCUGACGGGCUACCGCACCUACCGCUGCGCCCACCCCCUGGCCACGCUCUUCAAGAUCCUGGCGUCCUUCUACAUCAGCCUGGUCAUCUUCUACGGCCUCAUCUGCAUGUACACGCUCUGGUGGAUGCUGCGACGCUCCCUCAAGAAGUACUCGUUCGAGUCCAUCCGCGAGGAGAGCAGCUACAGCGACAUCCCCGACGUCAAGAACGACUUCGCCUUCAUGCUGCACCUCAUCGACCAGUACGACCCGCUCUACUCCAAGCGCUUCGCCGUCUUCCUGUCGGAGGUGAGCGAGAACAAGCUGCGGCAGCUGAACCUCAACAACGAGUGGACGCUGGACAAGCUGCGGCAGCGGCUCACCCGGAACGCGCAGGACAAGCUGGAGCUGCACCUGUUCAUGCUCAGCGGGAUCCCCGACACCGUGUUCGACCUGACCGAGCUGGAGGUGCUGAAGCUGGAGCUGAUCCCGGAUGUGACCAUCCCGCCCAGCAUUGCCCAGCUCACGGGCCUGCAGGAGCUGUGGCUGUACCACACGGCGGCCAAGAUCGAGGCGCCCGCCCUGGCCUUCCUGCGCGAGAACCUGCGGGCGCUGCACAUCAAGUUCACGGACAUCAAGGAGAUCCCGCUGUGGAUCUACAGCCUGAAGACGCUGGAGGAGCUGCACCUCACGGGCAACCUGAGCGCCGACAACAACCGCUACAUCGUCAUCGACGGGCUGCGCGAGCUCAAGCGCCUCAAGGUGCUGCGGCUCAAGAGCAACCUGAGCAAGCUGCCGCAGGUGGUCACGGACGUGGGCGUGCACCUGCAGAAGCUGUCCAUCAACAACGAGGGCACCAAGCUCAUCGUCCUCAACAGCCUGAAGAAGAUGGUGAACCUGACCGAACUGGAGCUGAUCCGCUGCGACCUGGAGCGCAUCCCCCACUCCAUCUUCAGCCUCCACAACCUGCAGGAGAUCGACCUGAAGGACAACAACCUCAAGACCAUCGAGGAGAUUAUCAGCUUCCAGCACCUGCACCGCCUCACCUGCCUUAAGCUGUGGUACAACCACAUUGCCUACAUCCCCAUCCAGGUGGGCAACCUCACCAACCUGGAGCGCCUCUACCUGAACCGCAACAAGAUUGAGAAGAUUCCCCCGCAGCUCUUCUACUGCCGCAAGCUGCGUUACCUGGACCUCAGCCACAACAACCUGACCUUCCUCCCCGCCGACAUUGGCCUCCUGCAGAACCUCCAGAACCUGGCCGUCACGGCCAACCGGAUCGAGGCACUCCCCCCAGAGCUCUUCCAGUGCCGGAAGCUGCGGGCCCUGCACCUGGGCAACAACGUGCUGCAGUCACUGCCCUCCAGGGUGGGCGAGCUGACCAACCUGACCCAGAUCGAGCUGCGGGGCAACCGGCUGGAGUGCCUGCCCGUGGAGCUGGGCGAGUGCCCGCUGCUCAAGCGCAGUGGUCUGGUGGUGGAGGAGGACCUGUUCAACACAUUGCCCCCCGAGGUGAAGGAGCGGCUCUGGAGGGCCGACAAGGAGCAAGCCUGAGCCAUGGCAGCAGCCGAGCACAGGGACCACCAGGGGUCCUCCGGCCCUGGAACCCGGAAACCCGGGCCAGCCAGCCCAGCCUCCACCGGGGCAGGAGCCUGGGGUCGGGGUGACAGCACAGUACCUGAGGGGCUGGCCCCUUUUCUCCCUCUGAAACUCAUGCCCCCCAGGGCAGGCGCCUGUUGGGGAGCUCUGUCUCCCAGCGCAGUGUUUGGACAAUCAGGACCUCCUCCCUGGAGGCCAUCUCUGCCCCCGAGGCUGAGCCGAAGCCAGAGGUCCAGGGACGUCUACUUAGCUCUUGGUAUUUAUUUUUCUCCACCUCCUCGCCCCCGUGCCCCCCCAUAACUUAUACAUUCCCAAGUAUGUUCAGCUCAGAUAGGGGGUGUUUAAGGAAGGGUGGGCUGUGUUUCCCUUUUCCUUUUGUGGUGAUGCCGCCAGCAAUUAGUGCCCACCCAGCCUUGAACAGAGUGGUCCAGGGUGAACCAGCUGUGGGACGGUCGCCCCAGUGGUGCCAGGCUGGGCUCUGGCGGCACGGCCAUGGGAGAGCAGGCCACCAGGUGGAAAGGCCAGGCCUGGGGCUUGCCUCAUCAGUUUUAGAUGUGUUUUCUUUUUUUUUAAGUAAAAAUUUUUUAAGCUUUGAAAAUGAAGGGUUUGGGUAUUAAUAAGAAAAAAGCUAAAAAAAACCCAAAAAGCAACACUAAAGGCCAGUGAGUUGGAGUUGGGGUUGGUGGGGGAAACUGUGUUCCUUGAACAGAGCAGCGAGACACUGAAUUGUGUUUCCUCCCCCCUGGGGUGCAGGCUGCAGGAUGUCUUCCAAAUGUGGUGUGACCUUGGUCCAGAGUUCUGUUUGUUCCUCUCCUCCCCUAAGGCGGGGAUUUUUUUGUUUUGUUUUGUUUUUGGUGUCUUGUUUUCUUUCUCCUCCAUGUGUCUUGGCAGGCGCCCAUUUUUGUGGCUUUUGGCCAAAGGGAAUGUUCUGGAGCUGCCAAGAGGGGAGGAGACGCGGGUUGGCUAAUCCCCGGAUGAACGGUGCUCCGUCCUCCCCCACCCCUCCCUCAUCACAGUGUUAAGGAGCCGAGAGGAGCUACCUCGCCCGGACUCUGCUUUCCCACCUCAUGUAUCAUGAGUUUGCCCAGUGCCACCACUAGCCUCAGCUGCUUACAUCAACCUUGUCCCCACCUGGUCCUUCAGAACAGACUGUUGGAGGCGGGGUCACAGGUGGGGACAUCGCCGCUAGAAGAGCAGGCUCCCCAGGUUUUGGUUCCAGUUUCUGUCCCAGGUGCCUUGGCACACGUGGCCCACUCAGCACCUGGGGGCGGGAAGCCACCUCACUUUAGAUCAGUCACUGGGGUCCCCGCCUUAGAUCAAUCACUUGGACACUAAGGCACGUUUUAGCGUCUCUUGUCUUAACAAUUAUGUCUAUUUGUCCAUUUGUGUUUCCUGCGUCGUGUCAUCGGAUAUAAUCCUCAGAAAUAACGCACACUAGCCUCUGACAACCAUGAAGCAAUCCGUUACCUGUGGGUCUGAACUUGUAGACUCAUUCAAAUAUCAAAUAAAUCUGUAACAGAAA